AUGAUCUGGCUGCUAGGCACCUGGCAUAGCGCUGGUUACGACGGUGUUGGAUGGAUCGCUUUUGCGCUGGUGCUGGCGGUAGGCAUCUGGUCUGCAAGUUCGCCAUUGAUCACUCAGGCUUCUAAUGUCGGGCAAACUUAUGGCCUGUUGAUGGCAACAGCAUUGAUACGCCUGUUUGCCCAAUUGCUUGAUAUCAAUGUGAUUGGCGCGCUGCUGCUUGCUGUAGAUGUUUACGCGCUGGCCAACCUCAGUCAUUUAUCUGCUCGGCAGCGCUGUGUGUCUGCCUUCUGGCUGGCAGCGUUGUUCUGUUUCUCUCUGCCCAUAGAGCCGAUUGUUCAACGCCUGUUAGGUUAUGGCUUGCAACAGUUAUCCGCGGACCUCGCCUGCUCACUACUAUGGCCAUUCUUCGAUAAUCUGGUGUGUUCCGGUGUUCGGCUGCAGAUCUCCGGGCGGGACGUGAUGGUUGAUCUGCCGUGCUCCGGCGCGCAACUGUUGUCUACAGCCCUGCUGGUGACCUGUCUGGUGAACUGUCUGGUACGACCCGCCUGGAGAUGGGGUGCUGCCAGUGUCGUUGUGUCGUUGUUUACAGCGCUGAUUUUCAACGCGGUUCGCGUUGCGCUGCUGGCCGCGGGUAUUGCGCAGGAGGAGGUGCUUGGCUUUUCGAUAAUGGCGCCAUUGCCGCAUUCCCUGCUGGGUGUGUUUAUGGUGGUGUUAACCAGUGUCGUCAUCGUGGCUUUCUCACGGUGCUGCGCUGUCGUGCCCCGGUCUGUGGCAAGGCAAUCGCGGCUGACCCAACUACUGAUACGCAGACCCGCUUUAUUCGCCACCCUGUUUUUAGUCUCCGCGCUGUCUAUUGGCGCGAUCCAACCGCAACCCGUGGACAAAUCCCCAUCCCUUCCUCCCCCGGAAAUGCCACGGGUUGCGGCUGGAUUUUUACGUUCUGAAGCGCCGCUGACGACGCUGGAAAAAACCUACUUCACGCGUUACGGCGGCAGCGCUGCGCGAGCCAGUUACGGUCCUUUCGGGUUGCUGCUGGUGUCCACAUCUUCGCCACUGCGCCACCUGCAUGACCCAACUAUCUGUCUGCGCGCCAUGGGCUAUGACGUGCAGCUGCAAGGUGUGGACCAUGUUCAGGGUGCAACGGUCUACCGUGCUGUUGCUGAUAAGCAGAUGGGUCAUGAAGCCGCUACGGAAAAUCAGAGCUAUAUCGUCAAUAUCACUUAUCGAUCUGCGUCCGGGCGACAGGCUUUGAGCAUCGCGGAAGUCAUCUGGCAGUGGGCCAGGAAUCCGCGAGAAACCUGGACCAUGGUGCAACGCAUAGUGCCUGAACAUGAGGCCGUCAGUGCCGCUCAAGUGGCUGACUUUGAAGCCGUGAUCAAACGAUCGAUGAAGGUCGCUUUAAGCGCGCUUCACAGCGAUUAUCAGGUGGAAAUUUUUGGCGACGUCGCCAACGUUGUGCUUAAGCAGCGUUUUUAUAAUCAUUUUGAGCGACCUUUAAAUGCCCGCUAUCUGUUUCCCCUGCAGCGACAUGCCGCGGUGCAUGCAAUGACUAUGCGGGUGGGUGAUGAGGUCAUCGUGGCGCAGAUACAGGAAAAGAAAACCGCACAGAAGACAUUCCAGGAUGCAAAGAGCGCGGGCAAGUCGGCGGCGCUGUUAGAACAGCAUCGACCUAACAUGUUCACUCAGCAGGUGGCGAACCUGAUGCCUGCUCAGACCAUCGAAAUUGAAAUUGCCUAUUCGCAUAUCGUGCCGAAAGUAGAUGGCGCUUACGAACUGGUUGUUCCCUUGAUAGUGGGUCCUCGUUAUCAGCCUGCCGGGGCCGGUGUGGCACCUGAGAUUUCAACCGAUGAAAUCUCGGGUGCUGCCCCUGAUGCUGGUCAGUGGGUGCUCGAAGCCCUGCCGGUCCGACCGCCGACCGCCGGUAUAGAUCUGCCAGCGACCUUUACCUCGGAACGCGUUGCUAUGCAGGUUAACCUCGAGGCGGCGGGAACCAUUCACGCGCUGCAUAGCGAUACCCACCCCCUGGCGAUACGCGAUGUGUCAUCGACCCAGGCUGAUAUCACCCUGCAGGAUGGGCAGGUACUGGACAAUAAAGAUUUUGUGCUGCGCUAUCAGCUCGCCGGCGAGGAUACGUCCGCUGGCCUGUUAUCGCACUGGCAACCUGAGGAGGGGGGCUAUUUCAGUCUGCUGAUCGAACCACCAGAAACAGUUGCAUUAGACCAGGUACUAGCCAGAGAAAUGGUGUUUCUGCUCGAUUGCUCUGGUUCCAUGAAUGGUUUGCCCCUUGAUGCCAGUAAACGAUUCAUGAGCCAGGCGCUGCAAUCCCUGCGCCCUGAAGACAGUUUUCGAAUCAUCCGUUUCAGCGAUGCAGCUUCAGAAUUUUCUCAUCGAGCCAUGCCUGCCACCCCCAGCAAUGUUGCCUAUGGCUUGAGUUAUGUUCAGAGUCUGCGGGGUUCCGGUGGUACCGAGAUGACAUCGGGUAUCCGCCAGGCGCUGGCCGCGCCGGUCGAGGGAGAGCGGCUGCGUAAUGUUGUUUUCCUCACCGAUGGAUAUAUAGGCAAUGAACACUCUGUGCUGGCGCUGGUGGAACAAUUGCGCGGUGAUGCCCGUUUGUUCGCUUUUGGUGUUGGCACCGGGGUGAAUCGAUACCUGCUCGAUGAGCUGGGCCGCGUGGGGCGUGGAUUCACUCGUUAUUUUGAUCCGACAAAAGAUGCAGAACACAUGCACGGUGUGGUGACCAGGCUGGUUGAGCGGCUGCAAACACCGGUGCUGACAGAUCUAUCGAUUGAUUGGGGCGAUCUGCAGGUUACUGAUCUGGUGCCACGUGUGCUGCCGGAUCUGUAUCUGGGUGACACAAUUCGUGUCACCGGACGCCGCCAACACCAGGCACAGGUGCGCACGCCAGUGGUUCUGUCGGAAGUUGCUCAGCGUCCUGCGGUACGCCGGGUCUGGGCGCGCACCAAGUUGGCGGAACUGAUGCAUGAAUUUAUCACUCCAAUCCCGCUGCGCUCACCUGAGCAGACAAAUGAUGAAUUGCAGGCAGCGGUGACCAACCUUGGUUUGAGUUACGCCCUGGCCAGUCGCUGGACGUCGUUUGUUGCAGUAUCACAGAAGAUAUUCAACACAAAUCCCGCAGGCAACCUUGAGGGUGAUGUGGCCCGGGUCUGGUGA